AUGGCCGCGGACCUGAUUGCUGGGAGUGGGGGCUCCCAGAGGUCGAACCGGAGUCUGAAGGCCAUGCUCUUGGAUACGGUGAGGGUGCUGACCCAGAGACGGAGUGUGUUGAGGCUGGUGCCCAUGGUGCAGGAGACUUUGCUGACUUGGGAGCUCACGCGGAGGGUGCUGGUUUAUCUGUGUGAAACUGUUGGUCUGGCCGUCGGGGUUGAAGACAUUCAUUGCCCUAUUGUCGUGUCCAGGGCUGUGAUCAAAGCCUGUGUCGUACUCAGGGACACCUCUGUCCCCAAAACUCAUGCUGCUGAAGAUGUCACGUGCCCAGCACUCUUUUUCAUCCCUCUCCCUCUCUGUGCCGCCUUCUCGUUCCCUUCUGGUUCUUCUGCCAUGGAUUUUCCAGUUAAACGCGAGGCCGUGAAGCAGGAAGUACUAGACGUACCGCCCUCAAGCUAUAACCCUCGUCGCCGGGCUGCUGUUGAUCAGCAACAACGCACACAGAGGAUUCUUGCAAGUGGUGCUAUCGAUAGCCAAGUUACCGAUUCACAAUACGUCAAUGCUCUGGUCUAUGCCGGGAGCCCUUCCAACUCGGACAACUCUGGAGACUCGCAGUCUCAGCCCUUGGAGAUACCAUCAUCACCUGGGUUUGAAUCACAAAAAGACAUCGAAAGACUCGAGGACAAGCUGCAUGAAGCAAAGCAAGAGGUUUCAGAACUUGAAAACCGGCUUCGUGAAGCAGGACCAUCGACUGCUCCACAGGAACCACCCAACCCAGUGCACGCCCGCACUCUUCAACUUUCGGCGCACGAAGAACAUGUCAUACGGCUCUGGCGCCGCCAACGCGAGGCUGACGAAAAGGCUUGGAUGAAUCGGGUAACGGAACUCGAGCAAAACUUACAACGCAUUGAAAGUGAUCGAGAAAUCUUGUAUUUGAGGGUUAUGGAGUUGGAAAUGGCAUGUGAAAACCACGGCGUAACUGUAUAA